AUGUCUGCCACCGACAACCUUCCCGUUUCUUACAUCGAACCAUCGGGUGUCUUGACGCCCGCAGCGGCCAUGAUUGGAAUGACUGCCGCUCUCAAAACGGCCGCUCAAGCCAAAUGGGAAGUAACGGUUUGUAUCUGCGAUGCGGGUGGUGUCCCCAUUCACGUUCAGAGAACCGCCAAUGCAUUCCCAGCAUCCUAUGAUAUCGCUUGUGGCAAGGCCAAGAGUGCCGCCCUGUUCCGAAAGGAAACGGGGCUAUUAGAAGACAGUGUCAACGGAGGUAGAUCGGCGUUACUAUCCUCUCCAUUUGUGCUGAUGCGAGGUGGUAUCCCUGUCCUCUGGAAUAAUGGAACACAAGCAUGCGGUGCCGUAGGAGUGAGUGGCGUCCAGGCAGACCAAGACGAAAGGGUGGCUAGAGCAGCAGUGGAUGCCAUGACGGCGGCGUUCUCCAUGUCGCCGAGAUCUAAACUUUAG